AUGGCCGCGAUCGCCAGCUCCCUGAUCCGCCAGAAGCGUCAGGCAAGGGAGUCAAACAGCGAUCGAGUCUCCACUUCCAAACGCCGCCCCAGCCCGAGCAAAGACCCCCGCUCUCUUUGCGAUCGGGUCUUCAGUAAAGUACGCUUCUGCAGCGGAAAGAAAAGACCUGUUCGGCGGCGACCUGCAGAUGCACCCUCCAAUCCUCCACAGGUGUCACGUAAGGGCGUCAGGCUAGAGCCACAGCUGAAAGGCAUUGUGACGCGACUGUUCAGCCAGCAGGGCUUCUACCUGCAGAUGCAGCCCGACGGCACCAUCGAUGGCAGCAAGGACGAGAACAGUGACCACACCUUGUUCAACCUCAUUCCAGUGGGCUUGAGAGUGGUGGCCAUCCAGGGAGUUAAGGCCGGCUUCUACAUCGGCAUGAACGGAGAAGGCUUCCUCUAUAGCUCAGAAAUGUUUACUCCGGAGUGUAAAUUCAAGGAGUCGGUGUUUGAGAACUACUAUGUCAUCUACUCCUCCACCAUGUACCGUCAGCAGGAGUCGGGCCGCGCCUGGUUCCUGGGGCUCACCAAGGAGGGCCAGGUCAUGAAGGGCAACCGGGUCAAGAAGACCAAACCCUCCUCCCACUUUCUGCCCAGACCAAUCGAAGUCUGCAUGUACAGGGAGCCAUCCAUGCAUGAGAUUGAAGAGAACCGUCGCUCCAGGAAAAGCUCAGGGACUCCGACCAUGAACGGGGGCAAAGCGGUGAACCAGGACUCCACAUAGCAGGGCCUGAGAGGAGAGAGCGGGGUCCGGGCCCCCUGCACCACCGCACAGACCAGACCUCGCUCCCUCUCGCCCUGACCUGACGAUGCCCUGCUGCCUCACCGCUAAGCGAAACCAAGACAACAACCAACAACCAACAAACACAACAAACUGACUUCUUGCCUGUGAAAAUCUUUUAGACGAAUGCGAAGAGGAAGGGAAAAAUAUGGAGGAAUUUAACAAAAAAGUGACAAGUUUUCGAUCCCAGACUUGAACACACAUUUUAUGCAAAAAAUGAGACAGGAGACAAAGAAAGAAGCAUAGCUCUGCUGACGGUGGAAACGAGUCGUUUUUCCUCACGACACUAGUAUUAUUAAUCAUUUUUGGAUUUAUGCUGUGGAAAAGAAGCUUUAA